AUGGCGCGAUCACGAAUUCACGUUGAACUUCCAGAGCUUGAACUUGAAGAUGGUGGCAGGAUUUACCCUUUUUCUGUACAAUUCCCAGAAGGACAAGAUAUUGUUCUUUCAUCAGAUGGCACAAAUAAGGAAAUAAUUUGUCAUAUCAGCUUCAGAUCAUCUAGGCCUGUGUCAUUUUUAGGGAGUAUGUUCUUCAUUGAUAAAGAAGAAAACAGGUAUCUGGAGGCUACUGUCCAUACCAAAGAUCGAUAUGGAAUCCUUCAGGUCAAAGAGUGUGGGUUGGGUUGGUACAUCUUCUUUCAGAAAACUCUAACUGCUGUUAAGAACUGGUUCACUCUCUUUGGUUGGUCUAAGGGACAAAAUCCUAUUUCAAUACCAUAUUCACUAAGACGUGAUGUGUGUAAAAUCCACGUGACUUCUUCUCAAGAAAAGAUUUUUAAACAAAGCCUUGGCAAAGAUACUAAGACUGUUUAUGACCUGUUAUUCCAUCUGAGUGGACAGUUGUUACCAGGCAUUACAUCAAGCCAGUCGUUGCCCCUUGAUCCAGUUGAACGAAUGUUAAAGCUCCACUGGCAGCAUUCUACCUUGCUUGCUUUCCUUAAAAGCCAAGGAGCAUAUCUUCCUCACGUUAUGCCAGAAUUUCUGCUUGAACCUGAUGAUUAUAAGAAAUGGAUUAAAGUGCAGACUGUACAGAAGGGUCACACGGCUGAGUUGAAAAAAGAUGUGAAAAACUCGGACACAUUUAGCAACAAGCAUCUAUUCAUUCUGGAGGACAGCAUAUUUGAGAGAAUGAGCAAACGAGCUUGGACAGAUCUGCUACUGCAGAUAUACAAGGUGUUUGUUCUUCCACGUGUUUCUUCACGUAAUAUCACUGAUCUGUUCAGCUUGGAAAGUGUGCAGAACAUGCCAAGGAUAAAAUCUGAACCGUUAUCCAGUAAUAUAUAUUCUCCAUAUGAACGAAUCAUCCUCACCUGGUUAAAUCAACAUUAUGAGAAGAAUCGAAAAACUGUGUGGAAAGAUUGCGAAAAAGGUGAAGUACCACCAAUGAGAUGGAUAGUAAAUUUUGACCGAGAUCUUCUAGAUGGUCUGGUAUUGGCAACACAGCUGGCAGCUUAUUGUCCAUAUUUGGUUGCUACUCACUUUGUAAGGAUGUACACUAAUCCAAAAACUCCUGAGCAGUUUCUGCACAACUGUCUGAUACUUGUGAAUGCUAUGCAUGCUGUCAGUCUGGCUAUAGACAUAAAGGCCACUGAUAUCUGUGAUCCAAACCCAGUCAUGAUGCUUAUUCUGUGUGUCUACCUGUAUGAAAGUCUCCCUCACUACUUACCCAAUAAGACUAUAGAAUUUACAGGUGCUCUCCAUGCAACCAUUGUUAAACAGGUGCGUCUGAAAAACCCAAGCGUUAAAACUUUGGUGUACACUGCUACUCUUGUAGGAAGAGAUGCUGAUGAUUUCUCAUUACCUAAAGGAAACACUGUCACCAUUCCCCCUAUGAGACAGACGAGUAUAAAUGUGGAAUUCACUAGUCGAUUUCUGCGCCCUGCUGAAGCGGUGUUGUUAUUGAUCUCAAAGAGCGUGGGUGGAAUAGAGGGUGUCACACUGGCAUUCUCUCUGAAAUCUGAAGUCAAGCAUAUUGAGCCUGCUGAUAUAUUAAAAUGCGAAUCUCCAUGUUAUGAGCUGAAGAAAGUUAUCCUAAAUGUUACUAAUCCCUUCGGAUCUGGUGGCGUAUUCAGGGUCAUUUUGCUGGAGUCCACAAGUUACUUAAUGCAUCCAGAGCAAGUAUAUCAAGCCAGACAAGUAAAGCAAGAGCAAACGUUCAGUUCUGAAAAUAACAUGUUAAAUUUUACAAAUGGUGCACUGCCUGAAGAUCCAAAUGAAGAGAACAAACUAAAUUGCUCUGACUUCCUGCAUGAGUUCUUCAGUCCAGUGGAAAAACUGUUCUUGGAAGGGAGAAGUUCUGCAGGCUUAGAUAUGCACUUCCUUCCCUUUAGCCUGGAAAAACGUUACUGCACUGUCAUUCUGGCUAAUGAACAGAUUGGAGAAUUCAUAUACCUGGUAGAGGGAGCAGGUGAUAUACCUUUGCCUUCAAGAUUGCUCCCAAUGGAUAGUCCAAAUGUUUUGCAUGUUAGCAGUACAUUAGAAGGUCCAAGUGCAGUAAAGCCAGUUUUAUAUUUGAAAUGUGGCCUUGCUCAGAUUCUUGAAGAAAAAUUGAGGAUUCCAUUGGUCAAUGAGUCAAGAGAGAGGGCUCUGGCCAUUGCUGCACAACAGCAGAUGUCAACUAUUGAAUAUGAAAGAAGAAAGAUCACGGGGACUCUGCAGAGCAGUAGUGUUCGAGUUGCAACUGCAUUGUUAGGGCUGUCGAGCAUAGAGAGGCGUGCACUCCUGAAACCUCGUAAAUUCCCCCCAGAGUUGAAAUAUGUGGAUUACAGCGUAAAAGUGAGCAUGCAAGAAUUCUUUGAGGUUCCUGAGAAGUUUUCUAUUCCAGUGUUGGCAUCAAGCAGAGUUAAUUUGAAAGUUCCAUCAGCAAAAGACCUUUCAUUUCAGAAAACAGAUAGAAGUGAUGCAGCUGAGCUUCCUAUAAAAUUCAUUCCUCGGUGUACUGGUCGCUACCACUGUCAGAUUCUUCUGAAGUCCUCCUGCGAUGUUCGUGUCUAUGAGAUUGAAUGUGUAGUGAAUGCAGACCAUGCUGAAGCAGAGCUUGAAUUUCGAACUCCAGCUUACCAGGCAGUGAUUCAGGAUAUUCCAAUAACUAACAUGUCCAACCAGGACUGGAAACUUGAAGCAAUUUUGGAAGGACUUGGUUUUUAUGGCCCUCCUCUAAUAAAAGUUGGUCUCGGUGAAACAGCUCUGUAUCCUCUCAUGUUCAAGCCUGUUGCUGAGUGCAUAACAAAGGGAAGGCUUAUUCUGCGAAAUGAUACAGCUGGCACUGAAAACAUCUUUAGCCUUAAGGGAAUAGGGAAGAAACCUCUGGCACAAGAUCAUAUUGUGAUAGAUUGCCAAGUGAGAAAGGUCACUCGAAAAAUUUUAUGGGUGCCCAAUUAUACCAAGAACAAGUUAACGUACAAGGUAUCUUCAGAUCUUUCGAUGGUGGGUGGUGCACCUGUUAUUAGUGUAGAACCAGAUGACACAGUCGCUUAUACUUUGAGUGUAUCUCCAUGGAGACGAGGAAUCUUUGAAGGUGUAAUUUCAUUUGUUGCUGAAGAUGAAGACCAACAGCAGUCUCAACAUAACAGCUCACCAGAGAAGACAGAUGGUGAACUGGCCCUUCAGAAAUUGUCAACAGAGACACCACAAACUGUUGAUGCAGCCAACAUGGCAAAGAAGAAGCUCACUGGAACACUGCUGAAAUAUAGCAGUGUUUCAAGAGCAGCUCAGGAAUGUAAUUUAGCAGCUGAUACUGUUGGAAUUCAUAUUCCUAUCACUAACCCUGCAGAUAAAAUUCUCCAGCUGAGUGUGGUGCUGGAGAAUCCAACACUUUAUGGACAAAAAACUUUAACUCUUGGGCCGAAACAAACAUAUUUGUACCAGCUAAAGUUUUCCCCAGCUGUUGUUGGCACUUCAGAUGGAAGUGUCAUAUUCCUGUCAGAUAUGGUUGGAGAGUUUUGGUAUGCACUGAAGUUGAUUGUAGAGAAACCACUGCCAACUAGUCUACCUGAAAUAGAAUGUGAGCUUGGCAAGAAUAUCUCUGACAGUCAUGCUUUACAAGUGCUUGUGUACCAGUUAUGA